CCACACGUUCAAGAUUUUGUUUGUUAGCACUCACUCGCGACAUUUGUUAUCCAAGACCUGAUCCCGAAAUUUCUUUUGAUUCUUAAAUCUUACAGGCUCUCAAAUCUCACAGGCUUGAGGCUGUUAUCAUUAUUAUGUGGAAGAAAAUUUUGUGGACGGGAAACAAGCGAUAACCUUUACAUUUGCCGAUAUUUUGCGAACCUUUGAGUGGUGAAAACAUUAAUUUAACAAUACUUACAAUAGGUGUUUGAAAGUUCAUAACGACUCCGCUGUCGCAGGAAGACUGAACGGCACAAUGGCUUCUUUUCCCAUUUUUCGCGACGCUGACACAUUGACAGAGAUGAACACUCCUUCCUCGGUCUCCAGUGGCCCUGAUCCCGUAUUCAAGAUGCCACAGGCCAAGGGUCUGAACGGAAAGGAACCUCGUCCUCGGAUGCUCCAGAACAGUGGUCAGAAACAGCCUUCCAGCUGGAGCAGCGGCUAUGGAAAGCCAUCGUUGGCCCAACGACACAAAUUGCAAGACGCAGUCGUUGAGCCUCAUUCUGAUCGGUCUGCCGUCGCGCGUAGUUCUGGGACUUCCUCAAAAGGUCUGAAAUCCUCCCAGGCAUCUGCUGCCGCAUCCGACUUGUCCAACAGCGUGAAACUGCCGAAACAGAGUGACGCAUGCGAACGCAGAAAAAAACUGCUGGCCAGUAUUAAGGAACUCCUUGACAAGCAUCCCGAAGAGUUUUCACACAUCCCCGAGAUGGGGCGCGAACCAGAUUAUUUUGCGGAAGCUGGGAAUUGGGUGUAUCCUGAGGAGAAGAUGUGGGCCGACUUUCAAGCAACGAUGGAGCGUUGGCCCAUGGGCCAGCAGGACGACAUGAACGAUGAAGAAUACGUAAACAAGCUGCAAGUAUUUCUUGACUCUUAGUAAUGUUACGGCGCAGUCCAGGCUUUGUCUAGUUAUUCUUGUUUUUUUGUAUCCGAUUGGGAAUUGAACUCAUUUCGGCUUGCCGUCCGUGAGCAAGCCCUAGAGUCUCGGAAUGCUGGCUGACACUUAACCUAAAAAGAUUGCUUGUAUUUGUAUCUUUUAAAAUUAAUUAUAUAGUAUUGUAUAAGUGGUAUUACGUGUAGUAGUGUGCUGCAUUGUAAUGUCAGCAAGCGUUGACCAAAUUGCUUUUUGUCAGUUUUUAGCCUGUUGGAACUGGAACUUCAAGCAGGACGGUACGGUUGUGAAUUGUUUUUAAUGUCGAUUAAAACUUAUA